CUUAGUGUUACCAUAAGGCAUGCUUUACUUGCCGCUUGUGUAGCGCUCCAUUUGAUAUACGUCGCACACAUCAUGAAUACGAAGGUAAACUUUAUUGUGAGAGAGAUUUUCAUGUGUGAUAGACCCAUUCCUCCCAACACACCAACAAUUAAAGCAUUGGGUAAAUUUUACCACCCUGGGCAUAUCAAGUGUUACCAUUGUCUUGUCAGUAUUGAUGAUCGUACAGGUUGGAAAGAGUAUGGGGGAAGAGUGUAUUGCCGCAUGGAUUUUAAGGCCCUAUUUCUACCCAAAUGUAAAUCAUGUCAUGGCACCAUCGAGAAAAACGCUGUAUCGGCUAUGGAUGGUAAAUUAAAUGGAAAAUGGCAUUUGGAGUGCUUUGGUUGUCAUACCUGUCACCGUCCAUUCCCUGAUAAUACAUUCUAUGUCUUUGAUGAUUUACCGUACUGUAAAAGACACUAUCAUGAGCUUAAUAACUCCCUUUGCCGCGAAUGUUGUGAGCCCAUCGAAGGUAUUUAUAUUAUUCUAUUUUUGUUUAAAAGUCAUAGCGUUAAAAAUAGAUAUUUUUUCUUUACAUGUAUAUAA